AUAUAAUACUCAUUUAUUUAUUGUUGGUUUGUUUUUCUCUUUCUGUUUAUUUCUUUGACUGUUCAAUAAUUGGUAGGUCACGUGAUUAAACGUGAGAGACAUUGACUGGACAACCCGUCUGUUUUGUUUGUUUUUCGUAGUAUAUCACAAGUUCGAUGUGAUAUCUAUGGUUGUUUCAACCACUCAUUUGUAUUGACAUAUUUUUAUUAUCAACACGAGUUGUUUUGCUUCAAAGAAAAAUAAAAAGAUUUUGUUUACUAUAAUUAUACUAUCCAUAAAAGUCAUAUAUUUUCAAGUUCAAAAUUUUGUUCAACCAAGAGCUCUCUCUCUCUCUCUCUCUCUAUGUUUUUGUGUUUUGCUCUGUAGUGCUCUCAGACUUUAAUUAUGGAGGGACUAAAUUGAUCUGGCACUGGUGUAACCAUUAACAACUGGGUAAGUUUUGAUUUGAACCUGGUCUACUUAAAUUGUUUUGUUCUUUCUGAAUUAAGCUAGGUUGUGUGAAGUUAGUAAUAUAGCUGUAUCGUUCAACUAGAGUUUAUAUAUAUAUAUAUAUAAAAAUGUGUGUAUGUAUUUAGAAAAGAAAUGAUAUGUACUAAUGUUACCGUUGUAUUAAGGCUCCUGUGGAGGUAGCAGUUAAUUUUUUGGAGGGAAAAACCGAAGAAUGCCCCCUAGAAAUGCAAUUCCAAUAGCAGCCAUUAUUUCCCCCAUUAAAAAUCCAUCUUCUCACUCUCUCCCCUCUUGUUGCACUCUAUUCUCUUCUCUCCAUUUCUCUUCUUCUUCUUCACCAUGGUUCUCUGUUCUCCGCUCCGCCACUGCUACUGCCAACUUAUCACUCGGCAAGUGUGUUCACGCUCUUAUCAUAAGAACUGGGAAAGAUCCAGAUCGUUUCCUGACCAACAAUCUUAUUACUAUGUACUCUAAAUGCGGGUCUCUCUCGUAUGCUCGCCAUUUGUUCUAUAGAAGUCCCCAAAGAGACCUUGUUACUUGGAACUCCAUUCUAACUGCCAUAUCCCGGUCUGCUGAAUCCAAAUUUGAGAAUAUUCAAGAGGGUUUUAAUGUUUUUCGUAAUCUUCGUGAGUCUUUUGUAUCAACUAGUCGACUUACUUUGGCACCGGUACUUAAGCUUUGUUUGCUCUCAGAAUAUGUUUGGGCUUCUGAGGCUGUUCAUGGUUAUGCUGUUAAAAUUGGACUUGAAUGGGAUGUGUUUGUUUCCGGUGCUCUUGUCAAUAUUUAUUCAAAGUUUGGGAGAAUUGGGGCGGCUCGUGCUUUGUUUGAUCUGAUGCCGGACAAAGAUGUUGUGUUGUGGAAUGUAAUGCUCAAGGUAUAUUUGAAAAUGGGUCUAGAGAAACAAGUACUUUAUCUCUUCACUGAGUUUCAUCAGAGUGGGUUACAUCCUGAUGAUGUUACUAUGCGUUGUGUUAUUUCCAGUAUUAAAAAACUUGGAUUUGAUAAAUGCAGUAGGUACAUGGAGCAGGUUCAAGCAUACUCAACUAAAUUAUCUUUGUAUAGGGAUGAUUCAGAUGUGUAUUUGUGGAACAAGACACUUUCUAAAUAUCUUGAAGUGGGUGAAAAAUGGCUUGCUAUUAAUUGCUUUAUAAAUAUGAUUAGAUCAAAGGUGAAGUACGAUGUUGUUACUUUAGUAGUUAUCUUAACCGCAGUUUUGGGUACAAAUGAUCUAGAGUUUGGGAAACAAAUUCAUGGUAUUGCUGUGAAAUCAGGUUUUGAUACUAAAGUUUCUAUUGCAAAUAGUCUAAUCAAUAUGUAUUCAAAGUUAGGUUCUGUUUAUUUGGCCCGUGAAGUGUUCAAACAUAUGAAAGAGUUAGAUUUAAUUUCCUGGAACUCAAUGAUUUCCAGUUGUACUCAGAGUGGUUUAGAAGAGGAAUCAGUGAACCUAUUUAGAGAUUUACUGGAUGCUGGUGUAGCACCUGAUCAAUUUACUUUUGCAAGUGUUUUCAGGGCUUGCUCUUCACUUAAAGAUGGGUUAUCCCUUGCUAGACAGGUACAUGUUCAUGCAGUUAAAUUCGGUAACACUGCUGAUAGAUUUGUUUCAACAGCCCUUAUUGAUGUGUAUUCUAGAACUGGAAAGAUGGAAGAGGCAGAGGUCGUUCUACAGAAACUAGUUGAAUUUGACUUGGUUUCAUGGAAUGCCAUGAUGUUUGGGUACAUCAUUGGCAAUAAGAGUCACAAAGCGUUGGAACUUUUGAGUCUCAUGCAUAGACUUGGAGAGAGGGCUGAUGAGAUUACUUUAGCAACUGCCACCAAAGCUUCCAGUUCCUUGGUAGCACUAGAACAGGGCAAGCAAAUUCAUUGUCAUGUUACAAAAGUAGGGUUUGAUGUAGAUUUGUGUGUCAGUAGUGGAAUUCUAUACAUGUAUAUAAAAUGUGGAGACAUGGUAAGUGCUAACACAAUGUUCUCCGACAUCGCCACCCCUGAUGAUGUUGCAUGGACAACAAUGAUAUCGGGAUGCAUUGAAAAUGGUGAAGUGGAUCGUGCUCUUUCGAUAUAUCAUCGGAUGAGGCUCUCCGGCGUCCAACCUGAUGAAUAUGCCUUUGCUACCUUAGUCAAAGCUUGCUCAAGCAUAACAGCAUUGGAACAAGGAAGACAUAUUCAUGCAAAUGUGAUAAAGUUGGAUUAUGCCUCUGACCCUUUUGUUGGGACAUCUCUAGUGGACAUGUAUGCCAAGUGCGGGAAUAUAGAAGAUGCCUAUUGCUUAUUCAAAAAAAUGGAUGUUAAAGACGUUGCCUUGUGUAAUGCUUUGUUGGUUGGCUUAGCUCAACAUGGAGAUGCCAAAGAAGCUCUAAACCUUUUCAAAUGUAUGGUUAGUAAUCAAAUUGAGCCUGAUAGAGUUACAUUUGUUGGGGUGCUUUCAGCUUGUAGCCUUUCUGGUUUAAUUUCAGAAGCUUGUGGAUAUUUCUCUUCUAUGCAUAAAGAUUAUGGUAUUGAGCCUGAUGUUGAGCAUUAUGCUUAUCUAGUUGAUGCCCUUGCUCGAUCUGGACGUGUAAGAGAGGCAGAAAAUAUAAUCCCAUCAAUGCCUUUUAAAGCUUCGGCAUCAGUGUAUAGGGCUCUAUUGGGCGCUUGUAGAGUUCAUGGGGACAUUGAAACUGGAAAACGAGUGGCGGCGCAGCUCUUGGCCUUGGAGCCACAUGAUUCAGCUUCGUAUGUUCUUUUAUCGAACAUGUAUGCCGCUGCAAGUCAUUGGGAUGGCGCGAUCGAUGCACGAAAACAGAUGAAGAGAAAAAAUGUGAAAAAGGAUCCGAGUUUUAGUUGGAUAAUUGUGAAGGAACUUCGUGAAAAAUAGGGAUGACAAAACAAGGUGGUGGGUUGGAGCCCCGACCUGACGAGGUUGUUUUGCCCUGGUUUGUUUGGGGCAGUAUUCAAGGCGGGGUGCCGACCUGCCCUGCCCCAUUAUUGAUUUAAGCGGGUCGGUACCUGAUCCGUGCGUUUACUCUUUUUUUUUCUUUCUUACAACCAAUAAGUUACAAAUUUUAAAAUGAAGUGUAAAUUUGAUUUUAA